AUGAUUCGUUCAAGCCUUGUUGCUAUGUUGGCCAUUUGCGCUGUUUGCUCGUUCUGUGGCAAAGAGUUCGUUACGCUCGGCCGUCAUUCAUGGCGUUGCAAAGAAAAAAUAAAUCAAGAUCGUCCUGCUAACACAGUCAAUCAAAAUAUGCCGGUUAUGCAUUCUCCUGUCAGAAUAUCAAACACCAACGACGUAAAGUGUUAUUGUGGUAAAUCAUGUAAAGGUACGCGGGGGCUUAAAAUGCACCAACGUAGUUGUCGUGUAAUACAUGGUUUAAAUGAUGAAUUGCUUACAGACCUUGAACAGCAAUCUACUGAGAACUCGACUACGAAUACUUCUACUCAUUGUACAUUUGAGGAAAUUGAUGUAAUGGAAAAUAUUGCGAGCGAUCAGAAUUUUCCAGUGUUGAAGAAAGGGGUAAAGCUUCCCAAAAGCGACGCAGAAUGGUCAACGCUGACAGCUAUUUCAAAUUUGAAUUGCGACUAA